CGCGACCAACCAAAUCCGGAAGUGGAUAUCUUUGCGGAAGGCUCAGGAACAAGGCGUGACGAACCAUCGUACUCAAGAGCUGGAUCCCGUCACUGAGAAGGAGACUGAGCAAUCAUAGGCCUCGCAAGCAACGACGAUAGGCAAACGAUGAGCGGGCCUACUGGGGCAUUGAAGCAUGUGCAAAGCUCGAUGGAAAGUGUGGCUGGGCUAGCCAAAGGUCUGUACGCGCGAGCACCGGCCAGCACGGCCACUCUUUUGUCCCUCUUGUUGUCCUACCUGAUCACGACUGCUCGAUCAGACUACGUGCUGUAUCGCAGUCUGGGCGUGGGAGGCCUUGCGCCUCCCGGUCCCAUAGGCUGGUUGGUGCACACGUUCAUUCUUCGGCCUCUUGCCAUGUCAUCAGGUCGAGAGAAGGAUCCCGAAAGAUUGCCGGUCUCGGAUGAGCAGGUGCAGGGGCAAAGCUUGUCACUAGAUCUUCCAAAAAGAAAGGGAAAUGCUCCAUUUACUUUUGGUCUCAUGCCUCAUAGACAAUUGGACCAGACUUUGCCCGAAGAUGGCGCGAUGCAAAAGACUAUGCAGGCUCUCGCAUCUCACUUCAACAAGCUAGCCACGCUCAACGUCAAUCUCCGUCCAAGCAUUUCCGUUCUCGAAGCGCACAACUCUCCCAGCUUGCAAGUGCAGCACUCGCCCAAGGACAUUAGCGCAACACAAAUCCAUUCCUACGCCCGGCUCUUUCUGUCCGGUCUGCACGCUCCUCGAUCCGACGUUUCUUCGCCUCUCAAAGAAUUCGCUCAUAUCCAUCUGCACGACGGAUCAUUGCACCUCGUCCUCUCCCCCUCGCACGCCCGCAUCGUGCUUGCUCAAGGAUGGGGAGAAUUGCACAGACUGGCGGGCGCAUUCUACAGAGGUCAUUGGUGGCCUCUUUUCAUCCUGCCCAAGUGGCUGGCAAACGAUGCAAAGGCUAGAUGGGGCUAUCUGGCCCAAAGAGCUCAGAGCUCCAGCAAGGCUGUGCUGCUGCCUCCUACGUACCUCAUGAUCUACGCUCCUAGGGACGAGGAAGAGCUGCAGCACGUCAAGCGCAUCAUCGAUGCUGCCGCAGCUUUUGCUCUUGGUCACGAGCCGAUCUCAGAGCCUUAGCUCAGUAAAGAUGAUGCUAUGCUAUGCUGAAUAUAUUGCAAAUUGCGAUUUGAGAUACUAUAGAAGUCUGAUCGGUGGAUGCGUUCAAGCAGUCUACCUAAUCGAAAUCGUAAUCGUGUUCGUCUUCACCUUUUUCUUUCUCUCGCUUAUCUAAGUCUUGGUGCCCUCGCAAGCCUCUUCCACACCCUUGUACUCUUCCGUCCUCUCCCUCACGAAUUGCUCAAAGCGAUCCAGCGCGCAGCUUCCUUCAGGUCCAUCGUG